AUGGCAAGCACAGCAGAAGCCGCUUCCCCACAGGCCCAGUAUGCAGACUCUGUCAAGGGUGAUAAAUGCCUGCAAGCCUGUGAGGGAAAAGCAGCCAUUAAUACAUUAAUAUUAUCUAAUGUUUUUCUCACAGGUGUUCUGCUGUAUGAGACUUUGGCAUGGGAAGUGAGAAUUCCAUCAGAAAUUCAUGGCCUCAAAGGUUCCUGUCUGGUUAUACCGUGCUCUUACUCUUACACUUCAAACCCACCAAAUAACCCACGUAGAGUUGUGUGGUAUCAGUAUGUGUGGAGUGGCUACCCUUUAGUUUAUGAUCCCAGGUAUCCAGACAGUGUCAUUGACAAGUUCAGAGGAAAAACUGAUAUAUAUAACCCUACAAACUCAGAUCGGGAUUGUAGUCUGCUGAUCAAAAGCGUGGAUCCGUCUCACAAUGGAGAAAAAUUAUAUGCAUGGAUUGAUCCAGAUAAUGUUGGAUGGCGCACCUACAAGUUUUAUGACGUCACCUCCACCAUUAUUGUUGACACAAAUCCACAGCAGCCCAUCAUUAAUAUUUCUGGAGGUUUAAAGAUCGGUGACAAUAUUACAGUAGUAUGUUACACCAUUCACACCUGUCCAUACAGCAAACCAAACAUCGUUCUGAAGGGUAUUGAAGGAUCUGAUAAAAUAGAUGAAGUCAAUAUCAAAGAUGGUCAAUGGAAAACCUUUCGGACACGCACCGGUGUUGUGAAGGCGGAACACUCAGAUAUUGCGUGUACUGUAACACAUUAUGGAGGCAGAACAGCAAGAGCUACAAAAUCACAAAGUGCAAAAUCAAAUGGCUCGGAGUCAGAUUGA